AGUUCGGUAAUGGCCGCCGCCGGUUGAGACGUCUUGCUGUGACAGCGGCACGCGUUGAUUGUUUACUUUAUUUACAUCACAAUCAUAACCAAUAAUAAAAAGUGUCAAGUGUUUAUCGUGUGUUAUCGUUAAUUAUACAACUUUAGCGAAACGUGUUGUGUGUUUUAACAAAGUUUUUCGACAACGAUGAGCGGUGUGCCGCUCACGUAGCGUUCGAAACGAGAAUGCAUUUUGUGUAGUGUUGUGGUUUGUUUGGAUCUCCUUGGCUAAAUGCUGGGCUACAGGGGAACUAUGUGCAGCCGUCAGCACUCGCAGGCGUGUCUGAACACGUCCCUGUCGAUAAGACAGGAGAUACAGAGGUUCGAAAGUGUUCACCCGUCGAUAUACGCUCUCUACGACCUUGUAGAGUUGGUACCGGAUCCGUUGCUGGCCCAGCAGAUACGGGACCACGUCGUGGCUAUAGAAGAUUCCUUCGUAAACAGCCAAGAAUGGACCGCGUCACGGGGCGUAACGGAGCUGCGGGUCGGUGUACUGGGAUCACCUGACAGCGGUAAAUCGGCAUUAGUGCAUCGGUACUUAACGGGGGCUUACAUGCAAGAGGAAAGCCCUGAAGGCGGUCGCUUCAAGAAGGAAGUUAUUAUUGACGGACACAGCUACCUUCUGCUCAUACGCGACGAGGGAGGCUCUCCGGAAAUGCAGUUCACGGCGUGGGUGGACGCGGUAAUCUUCGUGUUCAGCCUAGAGAACGAGAUCAGCUACAACACAGUGUCCAACUAUUUUAAUAAGAUGUCCCACUAUAGGAACUCGGCCGAGAUACCAAUCAUAUUGGUCGGCACGCAAGAUUCCAUAAGUGAAAGUAGCCCACGUGUAGUGGACGACAACCGUGCUCGCAAGCUGUCCAAUGAGUUGCGAAGGUGCUCCUACUACGAGACGUGUGCCACUUACGGACUCAACGUGGAGCGGGUCUUCCAAGACGCGUGUCAGAAGAUCGUCGGGACGCGGCUGUCGGCUUCCUCCCAGUGUCUGUCUGGGGGUUCGAGGCCGGUGACUCCGCAGCCCCUGGCCAACUCCCCGAGCCACAAUCAUUCCACAUUUCUAUGCAAGGAUUCUUUGCCCCGUGGCCACCACACCCUUUCAGCAUCAUCCCACCAUCUCCACAGAGGCGCUUCGUCGUUCGACGCCUCUUCCAACAGCAGCGGCAUAUCGUCAACCCACGUGGUCGAGAUCCACAGCACCAACGGAUCGGACACGUCCUCGCGAUGGGGAAACUCGCUCGGCAGCCACGGGUCGUCAUCAGGCCUGGUUUCCAUAGCAACGGAGAACAACAACGUAAAAUUUACAGCCCCACAGUGCUUGGACAACUUGCAGCCGGCUAAGGAUUGCAAGGAUCUCCCAACGCCGUCUUCUACCCCCACCACGUCCAGGAAGUCCAGGAGACGUUCCAAUCUAUUUACACCUUCGAAGAAAGGUGAUGAUAGGCUGAAGAAUGGAGAGCUGGGGUCUGGAAGGGCGAUACCCUUAAAACAGGGCUAUUUGUACAAAAAGAGCAGCAAAGCUCUGAACAAGGAGUGGAAGAAGAAGUACGUCACGCUGUGUGAUGACGGCAGGUUGACUUACCAUCCCAGUUUACAUGACUACAUGGAGGACGUGAACGGCAAGGAGAUAUCCCUCCAGUAUGUGACGGUGAAGGUGCCUGGACAGAAGCCGCGCGGCUCCAAGUCGAUCAUCACCACCGUACCAGGAUACAAUGGAUACACCAGCCUCGACAUACACGACAGCAUCGGGGGACUCUCAAUUGGCUAUAAAGACAAGCCGACCCGAGCGACCGAUAAGGCGUUGCUGUCCGCGUUCGAGGCCAUGAAAGAGCCGGCGUCGAGCCGACAGUCGCUCGCCUCCGAGGCGGAAGUCAGCGCCAACGGGGACAAGGACACGCCGCACGUCAAGAAACGGCAUCGACGGAUGAAGAGUAGCGGGGUGAAGAAAGAUGGGGAUGAAGAAGGCGACUACGGUUCGUCGUGCGAGUUCACGAUCGUGAGCCUGGAAGGCAAGCGCUGGCGCUGGGAGGUGUGCGCGGGCGGCGCGGGCGCGGCGGGCGCGGGCGCGGGCGCGGCGGGCGCGGGGGGAGCCGCCGCCGCCGCCGCCGAGCGCGACGCCUGGGUCGCCGCCGUCGAGGCGCAGAUACUCGCCUCGCUGCAGGGACGGACGUCCCGCCAGCCCGCGCCCACCGGCGCCAACUCCACGGGCGACGUGCGCGCCACCUACUACAUCCGGCGAGUCUACGGGAACGACAAGUGCUGCGACUGUGGAGCCGCAGACCCUGACUGGGCGAGUUUGAACCUGGGCAUUCUGAUCUGCAUCGAGUGCUCCGGAAUACACAGGAACCUCGGCUCGCACAUAUCGCGCGUGCGCUCUUUGGACUUGGACGAGUGGCCGUUGAGCCACGUGAGCGUGAUGGUGUCGUUGGGCAACACGCUCGCCAACUCGAUAUGGGAGGCGGACACGCGCGGCCACGUCAAGCCAAUAGCCACCUCCAGCAGGGAGGAGAAGGAGCGAUGGAUCCGCCUGAAGUACGAGCGGCGGUUGUUCCUGGGCGCGAGCGCGGGCAGCACGUCGAGCGAGGUGCUGCGCGCGGCCGCCACGCGCGGGCAGGCGCCGGCGCUCGCGCGCGUGCUCGCCGCGCUGCUGCCGCGCGCGCCCGCGCCCGUCGAGCGCGCGCUCGCCCUGCGCGCCGCCGCCGCCGCCGGACACCUCGCCGCCGCGCAGCUACUCAUAUGGCACAAUGGCAACCCGAACUAUCCAGAUAACGACGGCCAUUCAUGCGUGUUCUACGCCCGCGCAGCCGCUAACCACUUGUCAGGCGUGGCGCCGCAGCGGGCGCGGGGGCUGCAGAUCGUGUGCCCGCUGCACCCGGACCCGCCCGCCUCCGCCACCAGCUCCAGCACCAAUUCCAGCUCCUCCAGCACAAAGAGCUCCCUGAAGAACCCCGAGCCGGAAUGCAACUGCAUCAUCUUUGAAUUACUCAACGCGCAGAACGCGUGCAACGCGCUAGUCGAACUACUUAUCGGAUUGCAAAAUAAUCAGUACAUGAAUGGUUAUGACAGCACAUCGUACGGAACCCUCGGCCGGCCAUCGCUGGGCCCCAAUCUAUCGUUAAACGGCAAGUGUGGAAGCAUAGUGUAAAGUGUUGUGUACCAGUGUUACCAAGUGUUAAUGUGCAUUCAGACUAUGCUACAGCAUAUAACAUAUAGAAAGUAACAUAGCUGUAAGGUUGUCUAUGAAAACAGAUACCAAGCGAUUUUGUUGUGCUACAUUUGAUUUAUAUAUGCUAUGUUGUAGCAUAGUCUGAAUUAAGCUUCAAAUAUGAAGCAUUGUGAAUCUGUAUCUUAAAUGACUAGAGUGAAUGGAGAUAGAAUACGAAUUUGCGUAUUAAGCUGUAUACCGAGAGAGAAUUUAUUCAUAUGUACUGUUAACUUUAACUAGCCUUCGUAACUCGCAUUGGGUUAAGACCUCCCCUUCUUUAUGGCGAGGCCUUAAUCCACUAUUGGUGCAAAGUGGGUUUGUAGGCUGCUAUUUCCUGAGAUGUUUGUUGGUAGGGUGUACCACCAACAUGUGGAACUGGCUUGGGGUCCAAAAGACGCCCUUACACCUUUCUUAAUAUGGCCACAUAUUACUUGGAUAUUGUGUACUUAAUUUCAUUAUUUACUUAAAUAAAUAGCAUGUAGCUAUUCAAAGUUAAGAGGAGUCAAAAUGCAGCAGUACUUUAUAAUGUAAUAUAUGGAGCCAUUUAAAAUAAGUACAAUUCGCUAAUAGCAUCGCUAUGUAUAUAGUUGCAGUUUUAUUAUUAACGUUAAUUGCAAAACUUAUGGUUAUUUUGAACAGUAGCGUUACUGUAGCAUUAUAUUCAUAUUAAUGGAAACAUGCAUUAAUAUAAUGAAACAAACAUUGCAUACUUUUUUGUGAACUCAUGCAAAAACGUAUACGGUCUCUACUCACGAAUAGCUUUAGUGAAUAUUUUUUUCUUAUAGCAGCAGUAAAAAUAUUCGACUGUUCAUUUGUGGAAGUCAAUAAUGUGCUCUCUCAAUAUGUACAUAUGAAUGAAUUUUAUAAUUUUAAACCAUACGACUUUAUUUAUACACGACUGACGUUUGUUAGCGGUUACGAUAAAUGAAUAAUUCAAAUAUUAAUAUUAUAAUGCAUACAUUUUUUCAAUUUAUUAGCUAAAUUGUGUCUGUCAAUUUAAACGUUAAUUAAAUAUUAGAGAAAAUUUAUUGAUAAAUGAUUUUUGAAUUGUUUCACUUGGUGUUAUAGGUCAAAUAUUUUCAUUUUAGUGUUUUCAAUGUGUAUUUGUAGAUAUGUUCCCUGAGAAAAGCAUUGCAGUUGUAUAAAACACUAAUAAUAGUUAUUCGCCCUUAUAUUUCAAAUUUCAAGUGACAUACUAAAUUGAUGCCAGAGUAUCAUUUUGAUCUUUUUGUAUUGAAUUUUGGAAAAGGAACAUUUCCAUCGCGUUUAUUUAGAUUGUUGUGAGAUGUUACCUUUGGAUCGACAUCUACAUGAAAUUGUAUUUUACAAAAUAUAAUAUUUUGGCAGCUAUUAUAAAAGAUCUUGUUAUGUGACAUGAGUAUUCGCAAAAUUAAUCUUUUCAUACAUUUUAGUAGUAAAAUUAACCGUAAAUAUUCGGGCGAAUAACCAAGGAAACAUUACUGGAACAUUUUAUGAAUAUUUUUUUCAUACAUUCAAUGGUGUAUUAAAUAUUUAAUUAAUUUUAUUCAUGUCAGUUUGUACAGUUUAUUUCAUAUCAAAGUCCGACACUAAAUGUAAAAAGUUACGUCAUGUCGUUCAGGAUUUUGAAUACGUAAUAUAUAAGUGGAUAAAUUUUAAUAGGUAUUCAUAAAUUAUUGUUAGGUGCGAGAUCUCAGCUCAAUAUUAUUUUGUAGGGUAAUGUAUUAGGUUAAUUAAUGGUAACUGUUAUCGCUUUACCCUCACUCCCGGGCGGCGUCUACCCUCGAUUCUAUGACUAAAUGUCCACAGAUUAUAUUUUCAGUAAUAUAAUCUGUGGACAGACGUAAUUCGCUACAGCGCCACCUGUUAUUUAGUUGCGGAAUCAAGGUGUUAACAUUCCACUGUUCGUCCGGGGAUUUAUAAUAGUUGAUGUGAUACCUAAGGAUUUCCCGUAAUAAGCCAAAUGUACUGAACCCUUCUGUGCCUACUUUAGGUAGUUUAUGCUUCUAGGGCCCGCCGUGGGCCGGGAUUUCGAGAUUUUUAGUCUCCCGGCCUAUGGCGGGACGUUUCCAAAAGUAUGUAAUAUGGUACUUCAUACGCAUCUAUUAGAUUAUGGGUUAGGGCUGAGGGAUAGAGAGUGGCGGUGAAGAGGCGUUUUACAAUAGAAACUGAACCUUAUUUUUUUACAGCAGAAAUUAUUUUGGCAAAACAACGUAGCUCUAAAAGCACGUAGUUAUAUGAGCUGUUUGUGAGAGUAUAAGGUUGAGUUUUAAUUACGGUGUAGAGUCUCCUCGCCAUCGCUAUGUCCGUCAGCGGUAACCGUAUGAAAUAUGUAGGAUAAAAAUUACUUAGUAAUUUUUUCGUGCAUUUAGUUUGGAUCUUUAAAGAUGAACUUGUCGCUUACACUCGCCUAGUUUCGGUUGACCGUCCGUUGAAUAUUUAUCCAUAUUACAAAUGCAUAAGACGCAAUUUUAUUGUAGAUAAGAAUCUCGAAUUUAUUUUCAUAUAUGACUUCGUUUAUGUUUUUGUUUCAUAUAUCUACAACGCUGACGGGAAACGGCAGCAGAGACUGAAUUCAAUAACAACUUAAAUUCAAUUUAAAGUGCUUUUAAGCAUGGUUGAUAUUAGCGUAACAAUAUUGUGGUGCGAGAUUCUAUUUUCAAAUCUCGUAUCACAAUAUUGCUUGCAAUUUUUCUCGUUAGAGCAAUAUCAGCCAUGUAUGGAAGAUUAUACAAGUCUGUUUUAAUUGCUUUCGAUUUGUUUUCCGUCUGCGCUGACUCUUAUUGCGGCACUGGGACUGCUUUUACAGCUUUUCUAAUAAUAUUUUGACAUGAAAAUAUUAACUUUUGACGAAUAUGUUGUCAAAGAAACGUUUACCUUAAGAUGUAAGUGUAAAGUAUGUUUUUGUAUAUAUUGAAUGUUUGCAAAAGGACGGUCAACAUCACGCUCGUACCUACACUUCGUGGACUAAUGUGGUAUUUUAGUGUUUGACGCAUUCGCUACUAAUUUUGUAUGAAGCAGGAAAUCUGCAGUUUUUAUAUUUUUGAGUCGAAUAGUAGAGUAGGCCGUUUUCAAAUUCAUAAUAUUUAGAUAUAUCGAUAAUAUCAGUCCGAUAUCCAGAACCGUAUUUUGAUUUAUAUUAAUUGUUAUUUGUGGAUGUUUUUAUGUAGACAGUACUUUCAGUCUGGCAGUGUAGUCUACUUACUGUGCCUGGUAUGAAAAAAAAAAUCGAGUAGCGAAUGCGUCCCAACUUUCCGUCUUGUAGUUAUCAUUUUUGACUAAUUUGUAAAAAUAAAAAGAUUUUACCAACGUCAGUAUUCGACACGACACUAUACAUGUAAUGCACAGAGAAACCAUCGCGCACUCGUAAACAUUAUUUUGUAUAAUUUUGUAAUAAACGUCUUUUAUUUAAAACAAUUUCGCUGUUGGAAUUUUAUUGAUAAUUUUAAAUCAUGUUAUUACGUCUUGGGUUCGCAGUUUUAUUUUAUAAAUAUGUUUUUGAAUUGUUUUAUUUUGUGUACAUGUUUUUUUGUACGGGCCAAAGAGCUUAACUUUGUACAUAUAAAGAUAGAGCAGCCGCGCGCCGCUGUCGACACUUGGUCUUUCGUUAUAGUAAUUUUUAAGAGAUUUGUUGAUGUUCUCGAUUUUGUGAAAAUAAAGUGUAUUAUGAACACAAUUGA